GUCUUGAUAAUGAAUGUGAGAUUAUGCGUUAGAAUGGGUAUAAGGGAGCCAGAGAAGACGUCGACGAGGGUGCUUUGGCUGACUAGAUUGUCGACGAAGGUGUAAGGCGCCCGCGAAAGGAAGUCGUCGUUCUCGUCAAGUAUCUAGGAAAAGUUUCCUUCGCUGUUCCAUCCCAUCUCGUUGGCCAUUCGUGCCACAGUAGGCUGAUGCUCGAUCGAGGGUAUGAUAAUGACCGACAAAACCCGAACCCUCAACGUUUUCCUGGAUUACUCCGGUCGUGAGCAUCAGUGUUCCGACUGGCACAAUUGCCGGAAGGAAGAGGAUGACCACUGCUUGCAGGAUAGUAUACCACCAAGAAUACUUCCCCGUUAUUUUUUAUGUAGACAAAGAUACAGGUGAUGUAUAUGUUGAGAAACUUAAAGUCACAGAAACUGAACAUGAGCUCUAUCGUAGUGUUGGCGUAGUGUUGCUGCCCGCUUGCGGGUAUCUACUCACUCUGUGGGACGAACUUGUCGGUAGAGGCUUGUUUUUCUUUAGACACGUCUAUUUGGAGGCAGCCGUGCAUGACAUCUUGCGGUGUGUCGAAAGAAAGCCCGUUUAACAACAUGAAAUUAGAAAGGGAGACCUUGAUGGAAAUGCA